AUGGAAGUGAUGGAAAUCGCUGGAAAAGAUCCACUAAGAGCUCCAAUAUCUCUUGCUCUAGAAAUGAGGUCUAAGGGGUUGGAUGGAUUAGUUUGGGCAAUGAUCCUAUGGCCUCCAAGGUGUAUGCGAACUCGAUCGAGUCGGUCUACAGAAGACUUGGUCGAGCUAGACUUACAACGGGUAGAAAGAGGGUUCAGAGGUCACAGAGGGUACAAGAGGAACCUGAGGUGCUUGUUGCUGAUACAAUGGAUGUACCAGAGGGGAAUGGAAACCCUUUGGGCAAUGGACUCGGUCGAGCUAGGCAAACUCGACCGAUUGGUCAAGGAGAUGCUCCAAACCGCCACCAACAGAGACAAGGGAUUGUUCCACCACCAGUGCAGAACCACAACUUUGAGAUCAAGCUGGGAAUGA